AUGCCCUCAUUCAAAACUUUACGAAUCAAGAAGAAGCUCACGAAGAAGAAGCAGAACAGGCCUAUUCCCCAUUGGACUCGCAUGAGAAUAGACAACACCGUCAGGUACAAUGCCAAGCGCAGACACUAG